GUUGACUAGACAGAGUUCGGGCAAAUAGUUAACCAUUGGUUAACUAUAGUCCUUGCGCGAACUUGGCCCAAGUGCACAUAACAGCCUGUACGUACGGAUGAAGGCGUGUUGGAAUAGAGCCCCAUGAGUACAGCCAGCGCGUACAGACACGAAGAAUCCACGAUUUGAAUAAUUAUCACAGCCCGACUCAGAACGAGGUGGUUCAUGAAUAAAGCAUGACCGACCGCAGCCAAUCAGAAGAGUCCAAUCUAAAUGCCCAUCCCAUCGCCCCAAACGGCAACGCUCAUGUAACGGGAAACAACCAAUGGCAAGAGACAUCGCUCGAGGUCACGCCCACAGACCCAAGCAACCCAGCUGCUGCAAUUGAUGGUGGUUCUGCUGCAAGUGAUGGUGGUUCUGCUGCAAGUGAUGGUGGUUCUGCUGCAAGUGAUGGUGGUUCUGCUGCAAGUGAUGGUGGUUCUGCUGCUGCCCCGAGGUCAAAGUUCACCCUUCACCAAAAGAUCACCUUUCUUAGCGCGGCUUUGACUUCGUUCUCAACUUGGACCUCCUACUCCGUCAUUGCAGUAUUCUUUCCAACUGAGGCUGAAGCGAAAGGAAUGUCGAAGACGGUAGUGGGACUUGUGUUUAGCGCCUUCUUCAUCGCGUCUGCUAUAGGUGCACCGAUCUGGGGCAAAGUUCUGCCACAUGCUGGCGCUCGUUUCGUAUUUCUGGCGGGAGCAUUUGUCACCGGUGGUUGCAACAUCCUGCUGGGCUUCGUUGUGGAUAUGCCAACAUUGGCAACCUUUACAGGUUUUACGUUUGCUAUGCGAAUCUUAGAAGGCCUAGGAUCGUCCGCUUGUAACACUGCUGUAACUGCCAUUCUUGCCUACACCUUCCCAGAUAAUGUCGGCGUUGCAACAAGCUUGAUUGAAACUCUCGCCGGUAUGUCGUUCGCAAUUGGACCAGUAGUAGGUGGGCUAUUCUUUAAUGUGGGCGGUUUCAAGCUCCCGUUCUUUGUACUUGGCGGGUUUGUCUGGGCUUGUGUUGCUGUCAAUUACUUCUUGAUGCCAAAGAUUGGGAGGACACAGGAGGAAACCGGGAAUAUGAUACCCGUUUUGAAGCUACCAGCUGUGUGGGUUGUCUUACUAGCCUUUUCUUUUUGUUCGAUGACUUUCUCUGGAAUGGAUCCAGUGCUGGCACUUCGUCUGAAGCAGCUUGGUUAUAACGUCACUGGCACUAGUCUGGUGUUUACAGGCUGGGGAGCUGCGUAUGGCUUCACGGCUGUUCUCUGGGGAUACAUUGCAGAUAAAAAGGGGACCCCAAGAAUCAUGAUGAUGUUUGGAAUAUUUGUUGCUGGAAUAGGUUUCUUCCUAAUUGGACCGGCUCCAUUUUUGAAUAUUCCCCCAAGCAUGGCUUUAAUUGGUGUUGCCCUGCCCUUCACGUCUGCCAUGAUGGCCAUGGUCAGUGUUCCAACAAUGCUAGAUAUUCUCAACACAACAAAAUGGUAUGGCAUUCCUUUUAAUCUAGGUCUGAAUGGUGUUGUAUCCGGUCUAUGGUUUGCGGCAUUUUCAUUGGGGGCAGUGCUGGGCCCUGUAACAAGCAGUGCCUUGACCGAUUACUAUGGAUUCGAUUACGCGACAACAGUAUUCGCCUGUGGCUAUCUUGUGGUUGUGCUUCUCAUGUGUUUCUUCGGGGUCUGGGAGUUCCGAUGUGGAAAAGGGAGGCGAUUGCCGAAACACCGGCUUGUUGUGGAGGCUACAGAAGAAGAGAAGGUGACACUUCUUUCGAAAGAGGCUUAAUUUAUGUUCUUCCUUUUUCGCCUUAGCUAUUUCAAUCAAUGUAAUAACCGGUUUUCAGUUGAUUGUUUUAAGCUUUAAAAAAAUGUAUAGCCUAUAUUGCUGGACCCGCUGAGCUUUUAAAAGAAUGGCAAUGCCAAUAAAUAAACGUUCACACAAUACAUUGCAAAUUAAGCUACAUGUAUAUAUAAUAUGAAUGAACUUAGGCCAACAUCAAAAUGAAUCUUUAGCUAAUGCCUACACCUUGGCACGAAACUGAUGUGUAAUGAAAGUUAGAUUGAGAAUUAUGCAAAGCUCUGUGGGGGUGGUAGUAAUGGGUGUCAAUAUAAGGCCAAACAAAACAUUUCUGCUUCCGGUUACCCUACCUACCCUGUUUUGACAUCCCCUACCCUAAUUUUGUUGGGGGGUGAGGAAAAAACCCGAAAACCAUCGAAAAUCUUACUACCUUUUACCCUCUACUUUACACGCAAACACCUCCAUAUGAUCGUACACACACAAAAAAUCGGC